GAAAACAACAAAUCAUUACUUUGUGUAAAGUAAUUAGCCAGCACAUGUUGCUACUCGUUAACUAGCAGAGGCACUACAAGAUAGAGGCGCGCAAACAAGUCUAAUUUAUUGAGGAGUUUUGUAUAACGCAAUCCAUUUUAGAGUAUUAUAUGUCAGACCUGAUGUAAUGGGGCAACCAUUUAAAUCAGCUUUAUCAUGGUAGAACAUUAGUCUUAAAACGCUUUGUUAUUGUUUUUAAUUACCAUGCAAGAACCAAAUCGUCUAUAAAUUUUAGAAGGCGUGACUGUUUUAAAGGGUUUGUUGUAACCGGACAGCUUGGGGGAUUUCUCUGGCGAGGUUGUGCUUUAAACCGCUGCAGGCGUUAGGAUUAAUAUUAGAACAAUUUGUCUUCGCGUGUUUAUGAAUAUGAGUCUAAGUCGAAAUUUUGAGCAGCUUCUAGCGAUGUGCCAAGAUUGUUUUGCGUUUUAAAGAAAUCGCAGAUGUCCUUCGAAAAAGGACCACCUCUUUCUGAAAGAAAUUCGGGGAACAUGGAGGAUCUCGACGACCCCGGGAAUGGGGCAUCUCGUCCGGCCUUCGGUGCGGGCUCUAACUACUGGGUGAGAGACGAGAGCCAAAUGAUGGAGACUCUGCGCUUUCUGGCCCGGGACCCAACUUCGUUAAACCACGACCUGUCGUGGAUUGUAUCCAAACUGAGAGCCGUAGUCUGCAGUCUCCAGGAGCUCCGCCAGCUGUUUGUGCUUAGUGACGAGCCAGCCUGCCCCUCUCAGCACUUGGUUGACAUCAAGCUCCGCCAUUUUCUGGAGGCGCUGCAGCCACUGAAUGUGAAAUACCCAAGAUUCCAGUCCCUCCCAGUGCGCCAACUGCUCUCUGAUCUCUAUCAGUCUCUCAGUGAUGUGACCAGUCACUCCAAAGGAAGUGAUACCAAGAGGUACAGCGAGAUUUUCCGGGAGUUUGACGCCUUGGACAUGUCCCUUGCGCAAUCUACCGUGGAUAUUCUUGCCACAGACCCCGACACCCAGUCCAUCACAGAGACUGUAUCUUCUGAAACCACAGAAAUAGAUGAGCUCACGUCUGAUGACACAUUUUAUUUGGAGUACCGUGAUGGGGAAGACCGGGAAUGUAUGUUCACUAUCCAGGAUGCUGACACGGUCCUGCAGCGCAGUGAGGGGGGUGUGGAGAUAGCACUCCAGUAUGCUAAAAUGUGGUGCAAAUAUGCUAAGGAUCUGCUGACCUGGAUGGAUAAACGAUUCACUCUAGAGCAAGAGUUCUCAAAGAACAUGGUGAAAGCAGCAGAGACCGCCAGGUCCAUUGUCACUCAACAGGAUCUGAUGCCCCUGCAGUACAUCUACACCAUGGCCGUAGAACAUGACAUCAACUGUUGGGGCUUGAUGAAAAAUGUCACAGAAACUAUACAGCAUCGUUGCUGCCAGGCUCUGGCUUCUAAGAGGAAUGAGAUUGACAAGUGGCGCCGAGAGUUCAAGGAUCAGUGGAUUCGGGAGCAGAGGAGAAUGAGCGAGGCGAUUGCGGCUCUGAAGAAAUCCCGUCAGCAGUACAUCCAGCGCUGUGAGGAGCUGGAAAAAGCGCGGGCUCUGAGCGCGCGAGCAGAGGAGGAGAACAGCAACACCACCAGUGCUGGCGCCAGCGGCAGUAAGAUUGUUGAGAAGCGGAGGCGAUCCCGAGACGAGGCACAGAUCAAGGUGCAGGAGGCUGAGAUUAUGUACAGAAGCUGUGUGAAUGAUGCCACCCAGCGCCAGCUGGAACUGGAUAAGACCAAGGAGAGGAUCAUUGUGCAUACCCGCAAGCUCAUCUGCCAGGGGGACUUUGUGCUGAAAGAGAACACCAUCAACAUGUUCUACUAUCAGAGGCAGAUGACCGAACCUGUUCCCCUGGGCUACCACAACCUGGAUCUGACCUGCCGUCCCUUUGAGCCCGGGGAGUCCUACGUGCGCUACAUCUUCAAGAGACGCCGCAGGGAACAGGUUCAGAAGACCUUCGCCUUCCAGGAGUUCAACGAGUCGAGCAAGAGGUCUCCCUCUAGUGGUCGCAAGAAGACCAAUUCACCCUAUCCAGUUCCUGAAGAGACCUGCGUCAAACGACCCUCCAGUGCCACUGAAAGCGCUGCACGUAAUUCUGGAUGUACAAAGACCGGGAUUAGUGACACUGAGAGCACUGGAGGAAGCCUGGAGUCCCCACAGUCAAGCCCAGCUCACCCAAACCGGAAACUUCUAAAAGCGCCUUCUACUGGUACAGUGUCCUCCGAGGACCUGGAGGAUAAGGAGGCGGGACAACUCUAUGAAGAUGCCAGCGAGUCAUCGUCCGAGAACACGGGGACACUGGGGAGCAUCUGCAAGAUCCGCACUCAGUCCCGAGCCGCACAGACUCACCGGCUUCGCAAGAUGAAGGGAAAGAUGGCGAAGUGCCGGCAGUGCGACAACUUCAUCCUGGUCAACGGGAUUGAGUGUGAGGAGUGCAGUCUGGUCCUCCACAGGAAGUGCCUGGACUCGUGCCAGCAGGAGUGUGACCAGAGGCGGGGUUUUGUGUUUGGUUUGGACUUCUCCCUGGUACCCAGGGACUUCCCAGAGGAGGUGCCCUUUGUGGUGCGUCGCUGCACAACUGAGAUUGAGAGCCGGGCACUGGCCGUACAGGGCGUCUAUCGCGUCAGUGGCUCCAAGCCACGCAUUCAGAAACUGUGCCAGGCCUUCGAGAUACAGCGGGAUCAGGUGGACCUGUCGGAGCACUCGCCCCAUGACAUCACUUCUGUGCUCAAGCACUUCUUCAAAGAGCUGCCUGAGCCUUUGGUUAUCUUUGACCUCUACGAUGACUUCAUAACUUUGGGAAAGAACAUCCAGCGGAUGAGCGAGAAAGAGACGACCGCAGAGACUGUUUCAAUGGAGGGGGACCUGGUGCAGUGUUUGAAGGACCUUCUGAGCAAACUGCCAGUGUCACAUUACAACACCCUGCACCACCUCAUCACCCACCUCUUCAGGGUUUCAGAGCAGUUUGAGGUCAACAAGAUGUCCCCAGAAAACCUGGGCAUCAUUUUUGGGCCUACCCUCAUGCGCCCCCUUGUGGCAGGGGAUGUGUCCAUGAUCAAUCUCUUGGAGACCAGCUACCAGGCCGUAUUAGUGGAGUUCUUCAUUACCCACUAUGAGCACAUCUUUGGGACGGAGAACUUGCCACGCUCUUCGCCUGUCUUAUCAACGGAGCCAGGAAGUCCCAGGACACAGCAGCCACCUGAACAGGCUUCUCCAGUCAGCCAGGAGCGCCCAAGGUCUUUAGAGAACCUUGCAAUGAAGAGAGACUCGAGCGAGGGCUAUAUAUCGGACAAGUCUUCGUCCAAUGAGGCGGUGGAUCAGCUCAGCCCAGAGGCCAAUGACAGAGCAGCUGUGGACUCACCUGUAAGCGAGGCCGGCGUUCCAGAGGAACAGGCCGAGGAAUCGGAGAUGGUCACAGGAGCUCAGUCAAGAGGUCACUUCAGUCGGCUGCCCAUCAAACAUUCUCGGCAGGCCACUCCCAUCACAAAGACCCGGACUGGAGCCCUACGGGACGGGGGGAACCCAGAGGGUGAGGGGUGUUCCCCUCCUCGGCGAACCGGGCCCGGCAGCGCCAACAGCAGCCGCAGCUCUUCACCGGAGGCCGGCGCGCUGCGGCAAACCCGGCGCAGGCUAGAGAUCACCCCUGAAACCGCCCGGCUGCUCCUGAAAGCUGGACACCACCCAGAGGAGGAACUCCUCCCCGUCUGCUCGGGCCUGCGUGACCCGCCCGUCCCGGAGCGCACCCCGGAGGCGGAUUCAGGUACCGGCUCCACCAGGCAGCUCUCCCAGGCCGGCUCGGGCCUCGGACCCAAGGCCAGGCCUGCUGAAGGCCCCGCGGGCAGCCUGGCCAACCUCAACACCAACCAGUCCAAUAACAACACUGGCAGCAGGGCCAGGCCUGCCAGCAGGGACAAGUUAUCUUUUAAGAGACAUCCGGGGGAAGAGCACACAGCCCAGAAGGUUCUCUCUGGACUGAAGCUGCGUCGGAGCGACUCAGAAAAGGGCAGCCAGGUCCGCUUUGUGUGAUCUGGUGGUACUUAACCUCCUCCCCCACACCCUGGACUCAGUUCAAAUUAUGUGAAGGGUCGUCCUAGACAGACAGGUCUCAUGCAGACCAGGCACUAGAGGCGGGCAACGUGUGUUGUGAUGAGAACACUUGAAAAACGUGGCCACCUCAUUCCACCCCACCGAAGAUAAACUGGAACACCUCCAUUUCCUUCCGUUCCUAGCUGGAAGAAACCAAUUAUUUGCUCCCUUUUCCUAAGGCGGGAAUGAACUCCACGUUUUCAAGCGCUGGCGAUCUCUGGCUUCUUAUAAGCCAGUAAGCGGCGGGGAGGGAGACUGGUCACCUGGCCCGACCCGGAGAGCUGCAAGUCCUGUGUCCUUCGGCGAUUUGAAACUGACGCGGCCGAUUGGUGUUGGCAAGGAAUCCGUUUCCUUUCCCUGAAGGAACAAGUGUUGCUUCUGAGAGCUGAGGGCCAGCCGUCUGUUCUGGGCCGUCACUGCCGUUUUUGUUCAAGGAGGUGCUGGGACACAUGCUUGUGGUCACAUUUGGGAUAUGCUGCACUGUGUUUUGUGUGUAUAUAUAUAUUUUAAAAAGGUUUUUUAAAAGCAACUGCAAGGUUAUGUGCUGUUAAAGGUUAAAGGAAAAAGCACUUAUUCCCUCUUAUGAUGCGAAAUAUUAAACUAGAUUUUUCCAAUACACA